CUGAGCCUGCUCUGGGCUCCUGCUGGACCGGCAGGCACUGGGCUCUGUGAUGCCCUCACUGCCCCUGCUUCUCCUCCUGCUUCCACUGGCCCGGGCCUCUGAGGAGGGCUCCGGGGUCACCCCUGCGCUGCCCAAUGACUCGCACCUCUUCUGGACCAACUACAGCUUCUCGGACUGGCAGAACUUUGUGGGCCAGCGGCGCUACGGGGCCGAGUCCCAGGACCCCAGGGUGAGGGCGCUGCUGGUGGUGGCCUACGCCUUCAUCAUCGUGCUCUCGCUCUUCGGCAAUGCCCUGGUGUGCCAUGUCGUCUUCAAGAACCGGCGCAUGCACUCGGCCACCAGCCUCUUCAUCGUCAACCUGGCAGUGGCCGACAUGCUCAUCACCCUCCUCAACACGCCCUUCACCUUGGCCCGCUUUGUGAACAGCACGUGGGUGUCCGGGAAGGCCAUGUGUCACGUCAGCCGCUUCGCCCAGUACUGCUCCCUGCACGUGUCUGCACUGACGCUGACGGCCAUCGCCCUGGACCGCCACCAGGUGAUCAUGCAUCCGCUGAAACCCCGGAUCUCCACCACCAGGGGGCUGGUCUACAUCGUGGUCAUCUGGGCCAUGGCUGCCGCCUUCUCACUCCCCCACGCCAUCUGCCAGAAGCUGUUCACCUUCAGGUACAGUGAGGACAUCGUCCGUUCCCUCUGCCUGCCAGACUUCCCUGAGCCCGCGGACCUCUUCUGGAAGUACCUGGACCUGGCUACUUUUGUCCUCCUCUACCUCCUGCCCCUGCUCAUCAUCUCCGUGGCCUACGCUCGGGUGGCCAAGAAGCUGUGGCACUGCAACACCAUCGGCGACGUGACCACGGAGCAGUACCUGGCCCUGAGGCGCAAGAAGAAGACCACCAUCAAGAUGCUGACGCUCGUGGUGGUCCUCUUUGCCCUCUGCUGGUUCCCUCUGAACUGCUACGUGCUGCUGCUGUCCAGCAAGGUGGUCCGCACCAACAAUGGCCUCUACUUCGCCUUCCACUGGCUCGCCACGAGCAGCACCUGCUAUAACCCCUUCAUCUACUGCUGGCUCAACGAGAGCUUCCGGCUCGAGCUGAAGGCGCUGCUGCGGCCGUGCCAGAGGCCUCCCCGGCCACCCUCCCCGCUCCCGCCUUCCAGGCUGGCCUGGACUGAGAAGGCGCCCGGCCACAGGGCACCCCCUGCCAGCCAGCUCCACUCUGCCCAGCCGCAGUGCGGGAAGACAGAUCUGUUGUCUGUGGAGCCCGUCGUGACUGUGAGUUAGGAGGACGCGGGGGAUGAGGGCUCGAGA